AUGGCCGCGCGGGACACAAUCGAAAUCAUAGAUGGUGUCCACUCUGGCACGACUCGGCUGUCCUUGAAGACCCAGUUGGAACGCUUCGGAGCGAUCGACAUCUGUCACAAGAUAGGGGACCCGCGAGAGGACACCCCGUGGGUCCGAUUCCGUGAUUCCUCAGCAGCGCAGUCGGCACUGGAUGCCAUUGCAGCAGCCUCGACUUCUUAA